AGCUAAAUGAAAAAGAAUGCGGCCGCGCUCAGGUCUUCACAUUUGAAACACUCGCUCGCCGUUCUGCUUGGCCACGUCGCUGCCUACGCGACUUGCAGCUGAGACGUCGAAAAUGGGGCCUGUGCUGGAGCGUCGGCAGAGCUUCGGCACAAAUUCGCCAAAGAGCAUGCGAGCAGUCGUUUGCUUUGUUUUGAUAACGCCGGUACGCGUUGGUCUCGUUGCGCUUUAGUGUUGUGGCGUGGCUCGGUAGCGUUCUUUGCAUUGUUUUCACAAACAAAACGCGAAGAGUGCAUUCAACCGCACAUAAAGACAAACAAAUAAAUACAAUAAACACGCCUAUAAACUAUCGGACAAACAACUUAACUUAGCAAUUGGUUUGCACACACCCGCAUUGCAUUUAAUUACAAACUAAAUAUAAAUAUUAAUUAAAUAUAGUAUUAAAACAAAAGUAUAUAUACAUAUAUAAAGAGCUGUUCGUGUGGUACAACGCCCGCAUUGCCAUAGAACUUUCAGUGCUUGAAUAAUGGUGGACUCCACCAGCGUGCUGCUCGUGUUCGUCACAGUGCUGACAGCUGUGUUCGUUUGGUCGCGUCGUACAUAUGUCUACUGGCAGCGACGACGCGUCAAGUUCGUGCAGCCCGUACAUCUGCUGGGCAACCUGAAAGACGUGCUGUGGCUGCACACAUCGUUUCCUUUGCUGCUGCGCGACUACUACUUCGACGCACAGUUCAAAGAUGAGCCGGUGGUGGGCAUCUACUUGUUCCACCAGCCGGCGUUGCUGAUACGCGAUCUCAAUUUGGUGCGCACCAUUUUGGUGGAGGACUUCGUCAGCUUCUCGAUGCGGUUCUCCAAGUGCGACAAGCAUGUGGACAAGCUGGCGGCGAACAGUUUGUUCUUCGUGCGCAAUCCCGAAUGGCGUGAGAUACGGACGCGGCUUUCGCCGGCAUUCACCAGCGGUAAGAUCAAGCAGAUGUUUGCACUCAUGGAGGAGGUGGGCUGUGAUCUUGAAGCUUAUCUGCAGCGCCUUACCGCCAACGGCAAUCAGCGUCGCAACGCUGUGGUGAAUGUCAAAGAGAUUUGCGAUCUCUACAAUACCGAUCUGAUAGCCAGCAUCGCAUUCGGUUUGCGCUCGUAUAGUUUGCGCAACAAGCAAACGGAGCUCGGCAGUCAUUGUCGCGACGUCUAUACGCUCACGUUCGCGCGCGUCAUCGAUUUGUGUGUCAUCUACUUUCUACCCAAAUUCGUAUCGCUAUUGCGACGCCAUCUCUUGCCACCGGCACACUCGGACUUUUUGCGUCGCACGGUGUUGCAGGUGCUCGAGGAGCGCGAACGCAAUGGCAUACUACGUAAUGAUCUCGUCGAAAUGUUGUUGACGCUGAAAAUGGAGGCGGCGCUCAAUCAGGAUCGCACACAUUUCACACAUCAAGAAGACUAUUUGGUCGCGCAGGCGGCCAUGUUCGAGCUGACCGGCAUCGAAAGCUGUGCCAUGACCAUGACAUUUGCGUUGUACGAGCUCGCGAAGCAGCCGCUAUUGCAAGCGCGGCUGCGCGCCGAGAUACGUCAGACGUUGGGAGAAGCGCUAGAUAUUACGUAUGACAAAGUGCAGGGUAUGCAUUAUCUGGCGAUGAUUGUGGAUGAGACACUGCGCAAGUAUCCGAAUGUGCCGAUAUUGGAGCGCGAAUGCACGCCGAUCAAUAAGAAGCGCUUCGUUGCGCUACGUCCGUAUGCGGACUGCUUCGUGCGCCGCGGCAUGCCCGUCUACAUAUCCAAUCUAGCGAUACACCACGAUCCACAGUAUUGGCCCGAGCCGUCGCGUUUCGAUCCUGAACGCUUCUCGUCCGAGAACCGCAAGCUGCAUAUGCCCAUGUCGUAUCUGCCCUUCGGCGCCGGUCCGCACAAUUGCAUCGGCAUGGCCAUCGCGCAGGUGCAGAUCAAGCUCGGCCUCAUACAUUUUCUGCGCACGCAUCGUGUGGAGAUUUGCGAAAAGACUGUCGACAACAUCGAAUUCGAUCGUAAGUUCCUGUUGUUGUCGAACCAAAGCGACAUCUAUCUGAGCGUUGAGCGUUGUUUGUGAUGCGGCAGGAAGCGCUCAAGCUGUCACAACUUUGUGCUUAUCAGUUUAAAACUCUUAUGGAUGAUAACCGAGCACACAUUCAAGUGCGCGCGUGUGCGCAUCUCCAGCAGCGCGCCCGCGAGUUAAUUUGUGUGUGUGUGUGCGUCUGUGUCUUCAAUGAACCAAAGUAAUUUCGCCCGCUAAAGCAAGAAUUUAUGCUAGCUUUUUAAGUCAAAUGACCAGUGUAAAGCUCACCGUUGUGUCGCUAUCAAUGAGCUUUCCUAUUUGUUAUUGUCGCUUUUACAACAAACACACCUACAUAUCUACAACGUUUUUACUCUUCCGCUAUAUUUGUUUAUUAUUAUUAUUAUUAUUAUGAUUAUUGCUGCUAUUAUUAUUAAUAAAUGUUUGUAUAAAUUUUUUAUUAGCGCUCAUGUGUAUUGUAUUUGUAAUUUUUAUUGUAUAUACAAAAACAAAAAGAAAAACAAAAGUGAAAAAAUAAAAAUAUUGUUAAUAUAGCAUUUUUUUAUGAAUGAGUAA